AUGGCCAAUCUUGUUCCUGGGGUGCUUCUCAAACUUAUGCAGCACAUGAACACAGAUGUGAAAGUUGCCGGUGAGCACAGGUCCUCUCUGUUGCAAGUGGUGAGCAUUGUUCCAGCUCUUGCAGGGGGUGAGUUGUUCCCAAAUCAAGGCUUUUAUCUCAAGGUUUCUGAUUCCUUGCAUGCCACCUAUGUCUCUCUCCCUGAUGAACAUGAUGAUCUCAUCCUCAGUGACAAGAUUCAACUGGGGCAGUUUGUUUUUGUGGAUCGUUUGGAGGCGGCUUCACCAGUUCCUAUUCUUCACGGGGUUAGGCCUAUUCCUGGGAGGCACGCUUGUGUUGGAACCCCUGAAGACAUUGUUGCAACAACUCACUCACUUGGGUUCCUUGGUAACUCUAAGGCUAACAAGAACAGUGUUUGUUCUGGUCCCUUGGACUUAGAGAGAUCCAAGUCUCCUAGGAAAGUGUCGGGGAAUCACCAUGUUGGGGAGAAGGAGAAGAAGGAGAAAUUAAGACUGCAUAGUGAAGAGCCACUAGACAAGAAACCAGCGAGUUUUGCUAAGAGUAAAUCUCUGACAACAAAAGCAAUGGCAGCCAAUGUUGUUGAGGUGAAUAAGGAACCAUUAGCAAGAUUGAAGUCAUUGAAUUCAAGGGCCAUUCCUUCUUCCCCCACUAGUUGUUAUUCUUUGCCUACUUCUUUUGAGAAAUUUGCCAAUGGGGUCAAGCAUCAGACUAAUAUCAAGGGCGUGGAUAAACUAACUGCCAAGGUGGGAGUGUUGGAGAUAGGAAAGGGAGUCCGUGGAGCAAGUCCAACCGGGAAGAGAAUAUCAAUGGGAAACCCGAUCAGAAAUUUGGUUCAGGGAAUUGAGCUUGGAGCCAAGGUGCUGCGUAAGAGCUGGGAAGGGAAUAUGGAAGUCAAGAAUAAAGAGACAUCCAAAUCAAGGGCUGCCAAGUCUGAUCAUAAGCCUGAGGUUCGUGGCUCGACUCCUAGGAGAAGUACGUCAAGUGAAAAGUUGUCCUCUAAAGAAGAGAGCAAGAUGCAACAGCAGACAAAGUCAUCCAAGGAAGAGCACAAGACUCAAAUAUCUAUAAAGAAAGUUGUUGCCAAUGGAACUAUGGAAGAACAAGAAAAGACAAACAAGCAAAGAGUCUCAGUCGGAAAAAAAUCGUCAGAAUUUUCAAACACUGGAUUCCCUGGAAACUUGGUGAAAGUUUCUCUAAGUAGUAGAAAAGUUACAGAUGCAAGUGUUCAAUGGGCUUCACUGCCAUCAUCUAUUGCAAAGCUUGGCAGGGAAGUGAUGAAGCACAGAGAUGCGGCACAGAUGGCAGCAGUUGAGGCUAUACAAGAGGCUGCUGCGGCUGAGAGUUUGCUGCAAUGUCUAAGUGUAUAUGCAGAGCUAAGUAAUUCUGCAAAGGAACAAAACCCGCAGCCUACAAUAGAGCAGUUCUUCACUCUUCAUGCUAGUCUAAAUAGUGCACGGGUGAUUGCUGACACACUAUCCAAAUCCAUUCCAGAUGAUUCUUCUCCAGAAAAUGAAAGAACCAUAACAGAAGAAGCACUAAAACUCAAAUCAGAUAGACAAAAGCGUGCAAAUUCUUGGGUCCAGGCUGCUUUAUCCACCAAUCUAUCAUCCUUUUCUGUUUAUAACCGAGAACCUCUAUCAUCCAGGCUUCCAGCUUCAACCAAUUCUCAAAACCAAAAGAAUAUCCUGGGAAGUAAACCAAUGUUGGUCAUAGAAAACUCAAGUGAAGAUACUUCAUCAAAAUCUCAUGGAAAACCCCGUCAGACAGCUAAUUCCAAACACACCUUGCAAGGAACUUCUCGCAAGGCAGGCGAGGUGUUAUCAAAUGGACACAAGCAACUAGUCCAAUCACUGCCUGAUUGGGUUAGAGGAAAUGGCUUUGAUGAAGUGACUGAUUUAACUGACAUGCUGCAACUGAGGUCCAGAGAUUGGUUUUUGAUGUUUGUUGAGAGAUUCUUGGACUCUGAUGGGGACACUGCUAGCUUGUCAAAUAAUGGCCAAAUAGCAGGUAUGCUCACUCAACUAAAAAGUGUGAAUGAUUGGCUUGAUGAGAUAGGAUCAAGCAAGAAUGAAGAAGAAUCAAGUCAGAUACCAGCAGAGACAGUUGACAGGCUGAGGAAGAAGAUAUAUGAAUAUCUUCUAACACAUGUUGAAUCUGCUGCAGCUGCACUCACUGGUGGAUCACAGUCAUCACCUGGGAUCCAAACAUCAGAUAUCAAAGCCAAAAAGUGA